AUGAGCAGCGGCCUGCCCUGGCUUCUCAGCUAUGUGACGGUGCCACGAGUGCCUGCUGCUUGCUACCUGGUGCACCACCUUACCUUGUACCCCGUGCAAGCCGUGGGAAAGGGUCCCCAUUCGAUGCCGCGCAGCCGGACGAUGCUUGAGUAUCCGUCGUACCCUGAGAGCGCAAUACAGAGAAGUCUGUAUCCGCUGGCGGCGGCGGCGGUCGCUUAUUUCAUGAUUCCGAGCCUUGUCCUCGACAGGUAUCGCGUGUCUACGAUUCAAGAGAUGCGUGAGGCCGUUGGUGUCGGCACACAGUGCCAACACACUGUGAAGCUUGCCUGCUUUCCCAUCAGACCACCAGCUCAAGACAGCGGGAUUACUGAUAAUGACACAGUAUCACCUCAGUUCGCGCAGACAAAUUGCGGGGAAACUCCGCCAGCCCUGACAGAAUUGGGGACGUACCUAUCCUCAGCUUCGCUUGCCAACUUCUGGAUUCCUCGCAAGCUUGCUCCAACAAUCAACCUUACCUUACUGAGGUGCAACCCCAGACUUGAAUGUUCGCUGCUUCCAGCCGCGGCCCCGGCUCCAGUCUUUAGACUCUGUCCACUCAGAGAAGACCCGCCCUCCCCAGACGCCGACGCCGACGCCGACGACGACGACGCCCUCGCAACCUCACCUCACCCCAUGACCAUGCUGGCGUGCGGCACAGCUCUUUCCGCACCUCCAUCACUUUUUCCGACCUCGAUGCUCACCCGUCGAUUUGUCCUGGUUUUUCUCAUGUUUUCCAAGUCAUGCUGCUUAUGUGCCUCUCGCCUCGAGGUCGGUUAUGCACUUCACCAGCAACUGUAUUCUUUGCCGGCCCUGCCAGCUGUGGCAGAUGCAUACCAUCCCAAAUCCCGUCAGCUCCCAUAUGACUACGAGAAUGGAGCCCCGUGGGCAUCUACCACAAAUCCCCUCUGGGCCGGCCUACACGCACGAAGGUCAAGGCCCGCACAGUCUCGUGGAACCAACACACUUUCGCCCUACGGGAUAUUGCUCGAGCAGCAGCGCACUGACAGGAGGGAGAAAGAGAAGGAUGGAAAACGAGGACGUCAGAGGGCCUGGUUUUCCCUGGCUGGUGUUUUUAUUUGGCCUCAUCUCAUGCUGGCCUCUUACUUCAAGCAAACCCUGCCCAAGUUCAGGUUUUGCUCCGAUAGCCUACUCGUUCACUUCAUGUUGCAAUCUCUGACGAGCUCUUGUACCGAUGGUACCAAGAAAUCCGUUUGGCAAUUGCCUCCAGUCACAUGGGCAGGACAGCAGGCUGUAAAUGUAUCGUCUAAGCCCCCAAAGAUUGCAAAUACUCGGCUCACCGUCAGCGGCAGCCUCAUCCCACAAUUUGGCAACAAGGGGGGCAGUGUUUCCCACUGCAUGCAACUUUGGUGGUUUUGCUACAAGGCCAGUGGGCAAGAUAUCAUGCCCAAGAUACAGCAACGUCCAAUACGAGAGCAAAACACAAGCACUCCAUGGAAAGUGCCCACUCGUAGUUGGAAACGGGCAAUCCUGCCACGUCCUGUAUACAUACAGUGGGGAACACGGCGGGUGUGCAUCGUAUAUAUGUGUGAUUUGACAAUCGAUUCCCACCAACGCGCGCUGAAGCGUGGCUUCGAUGAUGAUCUGAUCCUCCGGAUCCGCCUGCAACGAUCGACGGCAGUGCGGCACCCCCAAGUCGAGCACCCCCGUCCGGCGAAGGAAAAAACUUUACACAACAGCAACAGCAGCAGCAACAGGCGAGCCGGGAGCUGUUUGGCCUUUUUGGAUUUUUCUCUUUAUGAUCUCCACAACAAUGGGCUUCAUACCGAGCCGGGUGAGAAAUGUUUCCGUGGUAGUAUCAUCGAGGUCGCCUUGAACCUGGUCCAAAUUGCCUUGUUCAUGAUACAACCCCCCGUACCCGGAGAACUCUAUAUGGCCUUCAAGGAUUUCGUAGACAAACUCAUGAUUCAACUCGGGCGCUCUCGCAACGUAUCGUCAAAAUUCCCCAAUUUCCUCUGGUCUCUACGUGUGUCCACUCUGCCAUACCUUUGGGGCCUUCCUGAAGGCGUCCAAGAAUGA